GAUAGUGAAUGUCAUUAAAUUGUCAAAAUGGUGUUUAUAACUUAUUAUGUCAGAAGUAAAACAUAGUUUAUUUUUGUACUAAUACUAUUUAAUGCCAUAUUAAAAUGUUUUAUAGGCGUUAUGGUAUGAUUUUAAAAAGAUUUUAUAACAGAGAGACAUGUUUAUUAGGAAUUAUAUCAUUUUCAACUAAUUAUUGCACCAACGGUAAUAACCUAAAUUAUCUCUGUAAAUAUCUAAAUAUAAGUAAAGAUAAAGCCCAAUAUUUGAGUUUAAAAUACCCUGUUAUGAAGAAUCUGGAUGUAGUGCAAAUCAAAGAGAUCGUGGACAUUUUGUACCAAUCAGGAUUAGAUAGGAACAUGAUUCUUAAAAACCUUUCCUUGUUUAGUUUAUCACCAAUUACACUCAAAUUUCGCCAAAUGGUGUUACAAGAAUGUGGAAUAAGAAACAUAACGCCGGAUAUUUUGCACACGUAUUUGACAGUUUUAAAGCAAAAAAAAAUUGGAGAAUUAAAAGCAAGUGGAUUAAUAUCAACAAACAUUAAUAUAGAAAAUAGCCUAGCCAGCUAUAUGACACAAUGGCCCACUUCAAUAACAACUUUAGUUUAUGGAGAUAUAGAGAAUUUGACUUUAUAUUCUUUGAGACUUAAAAUAAUACAGAGAUAUUUAGAAUUGAUGUUGGAUUUGACAUGCGAAGAAUUUGAAAGAGGUUUGCAUACUUAUCCCACAAUCAAACAUAGACCGCUGCAAACAAUUAAUAAAAUUUUAAAUUUAUUACAAAGAGAAGUUUUAAUGCCAAAUCACAAGAUAAAAUCUAACCUCUAUCUGUUUCAAGCCGAUCCAGACAAUUUGAAUGAUUUAAUAUAUAAAUUUUGUUCUAUUGGUGGUAUUGACAUCAAAGAAGUAUUUAGACUGUAUCCAAAAUUAGUGAUGAAAAAAUAUUCAACAAUGCUGGAAAUCAAAAAUGUACUUGAAGAAUUUGGGAUAAGUAAUGAAGCUCAAAAGAGAUGUUUCCAAAUAUAUACAUUAAGUCCAUCCACUAUAAGGGAGAGAUUGGAAAAUGCAAAAACUAUACCAGAGUUCAAAACAUUUUUCAAUCAUCCGAGAUUUUUGAAAAUUAUACACUAUAACACAAAAGCAUUGAAAAGAAUAAUGAAGUUAUAUGACAACAACAAAAAAUGUUUGAGCCUUAACAUAUUAUCAGGAAGUGGAGCCCACUACGAAGUGUAUGAAAAAUCUACUGGUGAUCGAUUAGGCAAAAGUAAAGAUUUAAUAUUCUGUAUCACCCAGUCAUUAGGACAUUCAUACAGUGCAAGUAGUGUUCGUAACAUUAUGAAGAGACAUCCAUUUUGGAUAAAUAUACCCCUCGUACAAAUUAGCUAUGUCUAUGAUAAAUUAAGUACACAAUUUUCUGCCAGUGAUAUAUUUGAGAACUGUCCAAUUUUAUUAUAUCCCUGGAAUAAAAUUAAAUCCACAAUGGAACAACUGGAUAAGGGACAUAGUAAAAAUGUUCCAGCACUAUGUAAUGAAAACAUAAACACUAAAUGUUUAACUAAAUCACAAAAACUCAGUUUAAUAUUAUAUUUGCUAGAACGGAACCAUUAUUUCACUGGAAAUGGAGUAUGGACAGAUGAAAAACAGAGAAAUAAUAUAGAGAUAUGUAAUGCAAACCAAGCAAUCAAUUAGAAAUUUGUAAACAAAAUGAUGCCAUAGAUAAUUUAUUGUUUGUUUUAUAAUAAAGAUGUUAAAAUAUUACAAAGUUA